AUUUGCCCCACGAUGGAGACUCGCCCGGCGAACCUCACGUCGGACGCGACCCCAUAUCCUGUGCCCGAGGAGGCCGACGAUAUCCGCCGCAACGUGAAGAUGGUGAAGACAGCGGCCGAGGAUGAGCGUUCUCGACGCGUCCAAGAACAUGCGGCGAGCGACCAAGAGUCCAAGAUUCUGCGCGAAAUCAAUAUCGAGUACGCUGUUGCUGCGAUGGAGACGGAACGCAUCCGGCGUGUGAGCCAUCAGAACCUGGCCGAGGUUCACAGCGAAAUGAUCCGAGAGACUUCCAAGAACGAAGUCAUCCUCUUGAUGGAAGAGGAGCGUUGCCGCCGCAUGAGCGAAGAUAACCUUACUCGGGUGCACAGCGAAAUGUGCCGCGAAAACGCCAAAAAAGAAGCCGUGGAGCUGAUGGAAGCGGAGCGCACACGUCGCAUCAGCCAAGAGCAAAUGGCGCAGGUGCACAAUGAAAUGCAUCGGGAGCAGUCCAAGAAAGAGGUCUUGGUUGCUUCGGAGACGGAGCGCAUCAGGCGCAUGAGUCGUAACAACGUGGCAGAGUUGCAAUCCCAUUUGGACCGACGCAAGUCCAUUGAGGAUGCUGUUCAACUCGCUGAAGCUGAGCGAACACGUCGAGUCAAGGAACAUGGAGACCAAAAGCUGCGAGAUCACGUGACGCGUGUGACAGAGCAGUCCAACGCUAUCAGCUUGAUGGAGCUCGAGCGCGUGCGUCGCAUGAACGAUACACCCAAGGCAGCAAGCUCGUCGUUUUUGUACUCCACUGAAGCCUCGCGCGAAGUCACCGAGUUCACGGAGCCGAUGGCCCUUGACACAAAUGCAGCCCCCGUGUCUCCAACAACGUCGCCCCCAAAGCCGAUUCCGACGGUCCUGCCGGAGCUCCCUGUCGCCUCUGCGAAUCCAGAGCAAGAGAUGAAGUCCCUCUACGAACUUCAAAUACGCCUGAGAGAUGAUCUGCUCCCGUGUGGACCCGAGGCCGACGCAAUGCGAAACGUGGGUCUGUUGCGCUUCCUUCGCGGACACAAAGGCAAUGUGACCUUGGCUGCCGAGCGCUACUCUGCCAUGCUUGCAUUGAGACAAAAGCACAACAUGGACCAAAUUCGAGACAACAUCGUACUCGGCAACAUGACCGUCGUCGACUUCCCAUAUUAUGAAAAGAUCAAGCGCUACAUGCCGGCAGUGACGGCUUACGACGUCGUGGACUCCAGUCACAACGUGUACUGCUUCGAGAAAAUUGGAGCUUAUGACAUCUAUGGGCUCAUGGUGAACGUUUCGGACGAUGAGUGGCUUGCCUACUCGCUCCAUGAAAUGGAACACCGAGCUCUGACACUGGACAAGCUCAGCGUCGAGCACCGGACGAUGGUCCGCUGCAACGUGAUUCGGGACCUCGAUGGAUUCUCGCUCACGCGCAUUUCACGUCCAGCACUGAGCCGCGCACAGAACAUCGUAUCUCUUGCGUCUGCAUGCUACCCCGAGAUGGUGCAGAGGACUCUUUUUCUCAACACACCGUGGGUGUUCCAAACUGUCUGGAAGGGUAUCAAGCUUUGGCUCAACGACACCCAGCGGGAAAAAAUCGAGUUCCUUAAGCGCGGCGAAAAAGAACAGCUAUACAACAUAUGCCCUCCGGAGAAGCUGCCCGAGCUCAUGGGCGGCACGAACACGAGUGUUGUCGUGCCUUCCUCGGGUCUCCUCGGGAAAGACUCUUAUGGUGCGCUCCGCGAAAAUGGGGCGACCGAGGCCGAGAUUCGCUCCCGUGAUGUGCUUCAAGUCCCUUUUCGAGUCAACGCCAACGAUACAGUGUGCUGGGAGUUUUCAGUGUUUGCAUACGAUGUGGACUUCACGAUCAAGUUUCGGACGCAAGGUGACGGUGGCGCCGAAGAACACACGGUCGAUGGCUGGGACAAGACUCGUUUCGUCCACGGCCAAGUCGAAGCAGGAUCGUGGACGGCUCCCGGCGCAGGCGUAGCUGUGCUCUGCUGGGAUAACACCUUCUCGUGGACUCGUGCCAAGAUCAUUUGCUACAAAGCCAGCGUCGCGAGGGGCGCUGAUGACGCCGACGCUAUCGACAUUAGCGGCCACCACUCCCUCUAAACACAGACCUCCCAGGACUUGGCGCAACGACACCACUCACUUUAUGAGCAAUUAACAUGCAUUCUUUCGUUUUCAUUUUCGAGACGAGAUGGCUGUCA